UUUCCCUGUCCAUCUGUCACCAGUUCGAGAGUGUCCUCCUGUCUCAGUCGACUCUAUCAAAGUCUUGCAAACCUCAUUCGCUGGUCGGACCAAGUGAUGCUGGAGGGGGUGAAUUUGGAAGAUAAAGAAACAGUUGCAACCGUCACCACUGUGAUCAAAGCAGUGCUGGAUGGUGUGAAGGAGCUGGUUAAAGUCGCCAUUGAGAAGCAGGAGCACCCCUCCCCUACGACACCUGUCAAAACCCUGCUUCCUGCCGCCAGUCCACAGCGUGUUCCAGAGCCCCCUGUCAUUGAGUUGAAGGAAACGGUCUUAAAUGAUACCCCUACCCCAGCCGAGGCCACAGAGACCCCAAAUGAUGUUCCUGAUGAGGAAGUGGCCCCUCCUAAACCCCCUCUACCUGGACUCAAAGUGCCUGAACAUUGUCCACCGGCUCUCCCCCCAAAGAAGCGUCAGUCGGCACCGUCUCCCACAAGGAUUGCCGUGGUUGCACCAAUGAGUCGUACCACAAGUGGAUCAAGUCUUCCUAUUGGUAUCUGUCGACAGGAAUAUGAGGCAGAGGCCUUACAGAGGCGUUUUUCAGGAGGCAGUCACUCCUAUGAAGGGGAAUCGCCACGACUGUCCCCAUGUGGCAGCAUCGGCAUAUUGAGCAAAUCAGAUGAACAGCUGUCAUCUUUGGAGCAGGACAGUGGACAGUGCUCUCGUAACACCAGCUGUGAGACUCUAGACACAGCAGAGAGCUACGACCCCGACUACGACUUCCUGCAUCAGGACCUGUCUAGCAUCGACCAGAUCCCUCCCGCACACACGGGGGGUUGUCUGAGCCCACUCCCCGAGUCUCACAACGAAUCAUCCUCCUUCCCUGUUCAGCUUCAAUCAAUACCGCCCGCUCUCCCGAAGAAGGAACGGCGAGCCCCUCCGCCUCAGGUGGAACGACUGUACUCUCAAUAUGACAAUGUUCCUGAUGAGGACAUGCAGACCCCACCGUUCCCCCUCUUUGCUUCGAUGCCACCCUCAAACCCUGGAGUAUUUAUGGGAAACUUUGGCCCUGCUGAGAACACACAGAUCCCUCAGAGCCCUCCACCCCUGCCGGAGAAGAAGAGUCGCCAUAUACUGAAGUACAUGCAGUUUAUGGAGGACUAUUCUGAGCCACUGCCUUCCGUUUUCUACCAGACGCCACAGAGUGAAAGCAUUUACGAGCAGCGCAAUAGGAAGCGUUUUCAGGAAGUGUACGGUCUCAGCGACUCCUUCAGCAGCAGUGAUGAGACCCUCCCUCCGCCAGCACUGCCACCCAAACAGAGACAACUGGCUUCCUCACACUCUGCAUCUCCUUCCUCCUCCUCUUCCUCCUCUCUGUCGGGUCAGCUGCAGCAGUGUGCGUCCGGGCCUGGCCCUGGUGAGACAGAAAGCGCUCUCAGCCUUUCUGCAUCUAACUCCUGUCUGAACCACCAGGGCUCCCUGCCUGUCCCUACGAGCGAAAGUGCUAAUGAUGAAGGUGGGGAGGGUGAAUACGUCAAUCUGUAUUCAUCCAACCAAGCCAGUGGAGAUGUGACUCUCUCCAAUGGAGACUCUUCUUGUGGUGCUGAGGACUCACUCCAGGACUCGGCUUCAGAACACAGCAAAGAUCCGGCCGACAGAGAAGGCUGGAAGCAGAAGUGUGUGGAUUCAGAGUUGACCUCAGAAGAGGUGGAUGAGCUCUACCUGAUGGACCACGACGAGAUCAUGUCUCACUUAAAACUAAAGCAAGAGAACGAUGACGGCCCUGACGUCAGAGCUGGAUCAGGCGAUAUUUUAUUGGUCCACGCCACCGAAACAGAUCGCAAAGUUGUUAAAGGGGUUUUCCUUGAUGAUAUGCUUUUGGUGGAGCUGACAGAAGACAUCCUGAAGCAGCUCAUGGAGCUUGUGUUCAAUCUGUUGUGUAAUGGUGAGCUCACCCUGGCCCGGGUUCUGCGCAAGAACAUCCUGGAUAAAGUCCAGCAGAAGAAGUUGCUGCAGUACACUAAUUCCCUCAAAACGCUGGCUGCACGAGGUGUGGCCGCCAGGCCUGGCACUCUGCAUGACUUCCGUAGUCAUGAGAUCGCAGACCAGCUGACUCUCCUCGAUGCAGAGCUGUUUUAUAAGAUAGAGAUCCCAGAGGUGUUACUUUGGGCAAAGGAACAGAAUGAGGAAAAGAGCCCCAAUCUGACCCAGUUCACAGAGCACUUCAACAACAUGUCAUACUGGGUUCGGUCCUUAAUAAUCCAGCAAGAGAAAGCCCAGGAUCGGGAAAAACUACUUCUAAAGUUUAUCAAAAUUAUGAAGCACUUAAGAAAACUCAAUAACUUCAACUCCUACUUGGCAAUAUUAUCAGCGUUGGAUUCAGCGCCUAUCAGAAGACUGGAAUGGCAGAAGCAAACGUCAGAGGGUUUGGAGGAAUAUUGCACUUUAAUUGACAGUUCCUCCUCCUUCCGGGCGUACAGAGCAGCUUUGGCGGAUGUGGAGCCUCCAUGUAUACCGUAUCUAGGCCUCAUUCUCCAGGACUUAACUUUUGUGCAUCUUGGGAAUCCUGACCUCAUCGAUAGAAAGAUAAACUUUUCCAAACGCUGGCAGCAGUUCAAUAUCCUCGACACUAUGAGGCGCUUCCAGCAAGUGCACUAUGACCUCAAACACAACGACGACAUUGUCUCUUUCUUCAACGACUUCAGUGACCAUCUAGCUGAGGAGGCAUUGUGGGAGCUCUCUUUGAAGAUCAAACCUCGCAACAUCACUCGCCGGAAAACAGAACGAGAGGAAAGGACGUAGCUCGCUCGGCUAGAACAACAAACUGCUUUUAAAAGCCACUCUCCUCUGAAUUGCAUCUGAAUCUGCAAGACACAGCGAUCACAAAUUACUGUAAUGGCAGCUACGAGACUGGAAACGAUACUGUAUUUCUGUUACAGUUUACUGAAUCUUUUUUUAGCAAAAAAAAAGGGUGAUUAGAUUUUAUUUUGUAAUUGCACUGCAUCUGAACCUGUGUGUAAAUUUGAAGUGGAACAGUGGCAAGCGCAAAGACAGAAAGCAUGACUCUGAUAUGUGAGAUUACGUGGUUUGAGAUCGUAACCUGGGAUUUACGGUGAUAUUCCGGGACCGUCUCGCCAUCUGGAUGUUUGCGGUGCAAUCUGGAAAAACAACUGCGACUCCAACUGCAAACUGAUACCAUGAUGCCUCAGUGGGCACUUUGGAUGUUGAAGUUCCUUGAAGACUGAUAUUUUUAUUUAUUUAUUUUGUAUGUAACAAAUGCACAUAAAGACUCUUUGGGUUUAGGGGGAUUGCUGUAAACUUAGCUGCUGGAUUGAACAGCUUGAAGCAUGUAUGAUAAUAGGUCAUUAUGAGGUCACUGUUAUUAAUAGCACUAUCAGGAUUUUGUUGCUUAUUCUGCCAGAUUAACACAGUAUUCGGCUUAAUUCAAAAGGCACUUUUCUGGAUUUGAGUUUCAAAUUUUGUUACUAAAAUUCUUCAAACAAGAGUGCCAAUUUUAAUGUGCACUAAGUUCUAGUAACUAUGGAAACCUGUUUCCCCCAUUAGAAAAAAAAAGACAGU